ACGAUAUUGACGUUGAUCCUGCUGGGUGAUCCCAACUUCCGGUGAAAGAGGAGAAGUGUUUCACACGAUUACUCUGACAAGGCCUAUCGUAGCUGACCCGUCGGUACUUGACGGGCUUUCGGUAGACGCUAUGACACUGUGAAUCUCCAUCAGGACAUCUAACUGAUUCUAAAAAGACACUCGGCGACGUCUCCGUGGAUGUCGAUCUGACCGAAGAGCGCAUCGUCAGGGCCGCGGGUUCAAACGUUAUUACCCGGGACUGUGGUGAGCUAGUGGGGCUAGCUUAAAGACGCAGCUAGCUUUUCGCCAACCAAGCACCUCUAAAUUAGACUCUGGUGUCUGUUUCAAGAUGUCAACGGCGGGGUUUAACCCUCAGAAUGGGACGGGGACGGGACAGGCGUACGCGAAUGGUGAGUAAAUAUGAGAAAUGAAGCUCGAUUUAGGCGUUUGUGAAGUCUGGAGCUGACAUUAGCAGCAGUUUUUUUGGUUCACCGUUAGCCUCUGAGCUGUCUCACUAACUUUAAGGAACAGUCAACUGUCAGAUAACGUUCCUGUGGUUAAUCUCGACUGUUGCCUAAACCCUAAUCCAAAACCAAAACCAUAUUAACCUGUCCUGUUGUUGAACUUAGUUUGGGUUGUGGAGUUGGCAGACCAACAGGUGGAUAAAUAUGAUAGUAUGUUUUAAUUGAUAGUCUGCCUCCUCACUGUUCACUCUGCUCCGUCUGCAUCAAUUUUAUUACCAUCAAACGAACUUUAACUUGAGUCUGCGCACCAAACUCUUACUAAACUAUUGUGCAGUGAUGUUAUUCUGAGCCCUAUGAUCUGCUCGGGGCAUGUUUUCGUUUAUCGUUUUGACUGUACAUGUGGCAUAUUGGGAUUGAUCCAGAUUUGUUACUGCAGAACUUUCUCCAGCUUCAGGCGCAGACAAGGAAGGGUGUGAGACUUCACGAUAACUCAUAUUUCUAUCACGUUAUGAUGAAUGUUAAAGGAGAUGACAGAAGCCCCCCCUGUAGCUUUUGAUCGAUGUCUUUGAGGGAAACCUGGAGUUCAGUUCAGACUUAGCAACUGCAGCACCAGGUUUUACGGCUCUGGUGGUUUGCUGAAGUUGUAGACAAACUUCUCAACACAAUAACAUUCCCUCCUACUCUUUUUACACCUAUGUCUUUAAUCAGACAGACCACUAAAUGACAUUACUGUUACUCUGCUUUUUGUGUGCUUAAUGCAAUAUUGAUGAAAACAUGCCAUCGAUAUUCUUGUAAAUAUCUUGUUCUUGUAGGAUGUGUUAUGUAUAGGGCUGGGCGAUAAAACGAUAAUGAUAUAUAUUGAAAAUUAAUUUCCCUCAAUAUAAACGUGAUCAGUAUCCCUUACAAUAGUUGGCAUUCUGUCAUGUUUUGGUAGACUAUACAAAUAGCAGAUGAAAAGAGGAAUUGCUCUGAUCAUGUGCUGAAUUAGAACCAAGUAGCAAACAACUUCGUAGUAGCAGGCUGCAACUACACGCAACCAAUUCUUAACACGUGAAGCCGACAGCACUGUCUGUGAGAAAAAAAUAAAAAGAGUGCUAUGGCAGAAAUGCAGAUGAAGGCUCAACAGAUGAUGACAUUGUCAACAACGCUGGCACGAAAAUGCUGGUGGUGUGGAGGUAUUUUCAGCUCCAGGUUUUACUGCUCUGGUGGUUUGCUGAAGUUGUAGAUAGAGGGGUUUGCAAACUUCUCAACACAAUAUCAUUCCCUCCUACUCUUUUUACCCAUAUGUUUUGAAUCAGAUAGACCACUAAAUGACAUUAUUAUUGCACUGCUUUUGUGAUGAUUUUGUGAUCAUGAAAAAAAUGCAUCAUUGAUGAGAUCAUGCCAUCAAAGCUGGACAGAAUGUGUUUUUAACACAAUUCUUGUAAAUCUAUUGUUCUCGUAGGAUAUUUUAUGUAUUUUUGCAUUUCAAGAGUUGAACAUUUUUACUUAGUGCAUAUAUUACAAUAAUAGACAACAGCAUGCACAACUAUAGCAAUCUGAUAAUUUACAAGCAUUUUCUUCAAGAUGACUUUCCUUCCCUCACUCAUGUCCCUGUCACUAUUUGCUUGAUUGACUUAAUCAAUGAGGCCGAUAGUUGUCUUAGGUCUUCACUAAUACUCACCAGUGAGGUUGAUUAUACUCUGCUCUGAACUGCUUAACUGACAGUAUGGGAUUGAUAUUAUUAAGAUGACCUGGUAAUGAUUGUAUUAUGUCAAAUAUUCAGGAUUCCAAACCUGGCUUUUAAAGGUCCUCUAUGUUCUCAUUUGGUUUACUCUGUUAAAUCAGAUAUUUAUGUUUCUAAACUCUAAACAAACAUGGUUUGAUUUCAUGAUUUACCAGGAGACUCUCUCUGAUUGGACACCAGCUAUAAUCUUUGGUUCUUAAAAGUUCCCUGCUUACAGGAAGGGAAGAGAUUUGAGGUGGAUUAUGUUCCUUCAUUUAUCUUUGCCCAUUCAAAAGAGUUGUUUUCUAAUCCCUUCUCACUCUGCUGACUUGGCUCUGCCUCCAGUUCGGUAGUAAAGGACUAAGUGGAUAGAAGUAAGUGAAUCUGUUGGCAUUAGGUAACACUUUGAGGUGCAGGUUUCUACUAUCAGAGUAUUGUUUUUAAAAAUGUAUUACAUAUAUUUAUAUGUAUUGCCAUUCUGACCCAGUUUUGUCAUUUAAUCUUGUACCAAACAAUACUCCAAAAAGUGUCAGUCUCACAGUAAUUAUCUGUUAUUAUGGCACCCUAAGCCGUCUUGAUAAUGGCAGUUCGCAUUUAGAAAGAUGCACCAGAAAAGCCCCCACAUCUAAGUUCAGUAUUUGCAAAAUAUACAAGAAGAAUUUUGAAGAGUGCAAAGAGUUUGUGUUGUCUCGAUAUGACUGUUCAGUGAGAUGAGACUUUGCUCAGAGCCUCACACUCGCUGUCCCUGAGAGCAGAUCAUGGUGAAUUAGAUCCAGGUAAAGAGAUUAGACCCUGGCCUGUCAGCUCAUUGGUCGUUUGGUGGCUCUGUCUGAGAGGUUUCACUCAGUGUUGUCACUGCGAGUACUCUGCCAUCUGUUUUUCAUUUAACUUUUUGAACUGUGCCUCAGGUUUAAACCCAAGGAUUUCCCUUUCCAGAAGGAAGACGGCUGAGUCUGACGCUAACGCUGGCACUAAAACAUAUCUCUAUUAUCUGUGUGGGAAUCUAAUGUUUGGGCUGCUAAAUUUUACGACCUCCAUGAAUGUUCUGGUCAAGCGUGAUAUGACAGUAAACUUGUGAAAAUUGACAUAUCUCAUAUGCAAAAAAAACAAACUCAACAGCCAAUUUUCUUCUUACCACCGUAAAGCUACUGAGGUGUAGUGAAGGCCUGAAAGAGCAUGAGUGUUAUUGUGGUGGCUGUAUAUUUGGUUUGUUUUUCAAAGCAACAUGUUAUCACUAGACAAACAUGGACCUGUUGGAUCUCAAACAUGCUUUUUUUUUUGUCUCGUCUCCAGGUCCAACACAGAAUCCAGUCGCUCUACAGCAGCUGCCUGGAGUCAACUAUGGCAUGACUCAUCAACCCACCUACAAUCCAAUGCAGGCCAAAGCCCCCGCACCCCCUGGCCCUGGACUCUAUCCCACUGGGCCAUACCAACCUGUUCCCCCAGUCAGCUCUUACCAGCCUGGCCCACCACCCACUUCAUACCCACCUCCCCUGGGCCAGCCUCUGUUAGCCAGACCGCAAAUGACAGGUCCUCCAUCCCACACCCCUCCCCAGUCUGCCAGCCCAAGUCCUGGUCCCAGGCUGCCCCCUGCACAAGCCACACCUCCCCCUCCUGCUGUGUCGUCUAGUAGCUACUACCAAAACCCUCAGCUGCCACAGCCUCUUGCGCCAACAUGGCAGUACAACACAGCCCCCCCGCCGAUGGGGCCACCCACUUCCAUGAACACACCUCCUCGUGGCCUUCCAGCGAACCAUGUGAGCCCCGCUACGAGCUCGACAGCACCGCCGCCACCGCCGCCAAUGUCAUCAGCAGCUUACAGCUCAGCACCACCGGCCCACAUGUCUCAUACUGCCGCCCAGCCCCCAGGCCCAGGGAUUCCCCCCACGUCUCUGCACGGAUACACACAGCCAGGUAUGACCACAAGAGUGCCAUUAAAGGUGUAUUUAUCCCACAGAGAAGACAUGGUAUCAGCACUCCCUGAUAUCACUCAUCCUUUGGACUUCUCUAAAACUGGACCCUGAACUUUAGCAAACGAAUCCUUUUUCCUCUAUCACUUAAUCACUGGAGGAAAAAAACAAAGACCCCUUACACCUCUUUUUGGACAACACACACCACUGUUUCUCUCCAGUUACAGGAACACAAUUAUCACGCCCUGUCUCUUUUACCCAUCACUGUCUUCUAACAUCAGCGUGUGCUGCAGAUAUGCGUAUCUAAACACUGAUAUGUUGGAGCUGGACAUUGCCCUCUGCUCCUGCAGAGAACAUGUGGGCUGGUUGCUGCCUUCAGCUCCCUCCCUGGCACACAGACUCAUUCGCUCUGGAUUCGUUCAAAGUUCAAAUAAGAAUUUUAUUGUAUCUAAAGCGUUCUGAUGCCAGGAUAUGAUGUGGCAUUAAGAUCAAAUUGAAAUCCAUGAAAUGAGGAGUUAAAGGGUGACAAUAACAGAGCCGGACAGUCUUCUUGUCAGGUGUAACCCUCUGUUAAAACUGUUAAAAUAGAACAUUAUAAUAGUUAGUUACAUCAGCUUUGAGCGGAGUGUCUGAAUGAUUUGUCAUAGCAUUUUGAAAACCAGCUUUUUUUUUUUUAAAGCAAAUGUACUCGUGCAUGAGAGCAGAGGUCACAUGAUCUCACGGUCAGAUUUGCUUGAUAAAUGACGCUCACAUUCGCAGAGCCUGCCGCAGUCGAGGCCGACCUUUCCCCCAGCGGCACCCUCAGCUGCUAUCUUCCUGAUACAAUGGUGACAGUGAAGGCAGCAGUUAAUCCAGAGAAGUUAUGAGAUCUUUCUGGAGAUAGUUUAUUGCUUUCAAAUGUCAGUCAUAUUACAAGCUGUUCGAAAAUGUCAGACACUUCGCCACCAGCUGUAAAAAUAUGUUGGACAAAUCUGAGCGUUGAACUGCAGUGUGAGCUGUCACAGGUACUCUAUCAGCAAACCAUGUCAGAAUAAAUCCAACAUGUCAUGUUUGAGCGCCGCUUUGAAAUUCAUUAGGAAGUGCAUGACAUGAUGACGUGAAGACGGUUGUUAUUUAGUCUUCAUUACCAGCUUUGUCUCAUUUUCCAUCUUGAUGAAAAGAUAAAUCGCGAUCAAUAGAGAUAAAACUUUCUAUUAUUUUCGCUGUUUAAAGCUCAUCUCAUUGGUCGGUUGGAUGUUAGAGAUUGACAUGUCUCUGUCACUGUCCUGACAUCGGCUGGCUGUGGCUCUGCCGUGCCAUCAGCUGUUGUCACCUCCACUUAGAGCUUAUAAUGUUUCACAUUAGUGUGACUUCACGUCUCUUCUUCAUUAUAUGUGGAAACAGCUUUGACAGGUCGUGUUUCAAAAGCUCCACGAUCGUUGAUGUCAGGACGACUCUGCCUCAGUAACCCUGCAGAUAUUUUGUAAGAGGAAUUAAGUCAUCAGUGAGGAAGGAGGAAUUGAGUUUGUAACGACGAAACGCAAACGGUUCCUGGAUCAAGCUGUUGAAACUUGAGAGUUUUCCGUCUUUUUCACCCUGUGAAGUUGAGAGUGUCAUCGCUGAUUUGUUUGAAGAUGAACAGAGAAUUAAAAUGAUCAUUAAAUCUUUUCUGUUUGUUUUGUAUUCAGGCCCUGCACCUCCGCCCAUGAAUCCUAUGGCUCCCCACACAUACCAACCAAACAGAGGUCCCUAUGGACCCCUACCUACAGGUCCACCACCAACCAUGAAACCUGCACCGCCUCCCACUGGACCCCCAGUAGCCAAUGCCACGCCACCGCCUCCUCCAGAUGGUGAGUUUGCUUGUUUUUUCUCUGUGGGGUAGAAGCUGGUUAAACCAAUUAAAGCAACGAUGCACUAGUUUGUGGCAAAUUAAACAUGUUUAUUUUACCAUUUCUCACUUUCUCAAGCGAUGUAUUUUGAGGAUCUUAAAAUAAAUCCCAAUGGGAAAAAAACUAUUUUCACUCAAACUACACAAAGGGUUCCUAACCAAUAAGGCAGCUCUAACGGUGGUUUCAGUCGAGUGUUUUCUCCUGAUGAGUCUGAAACUGUGAUUUUGUCAAAUGACGAUGAUUCAUCACUUCAGGUCUUUAACUAAAUGUGCUUUUGACAAGCGAGCCAGUUUUCUUGUUCUGAUCAGCUCCCGUUGUUUCCCCCUCAUGCCAGCUCAGUGUGGGGGGGCUGUUGACAGCACCCUCUCCCCCACUGAGUCCGACAACCAGGAGGGCGAUAUUGAAUGUCCAGGUGUGGCCAAAACUGUCAGUAGCUGUUAGAUAAAGUGUCAGUCUUGUCCCCACUGUGCUGUUGUUCAUUGUUUCAAGGGAUGCACUACGUUCUUUUUUUUUUUUUUUUUUUUUAUUUGUUAAAGAAAUUCAUUCUGAAGCUCAUGGAAAUAAGCAGAAAACUAUCCUGUAAUGUUUAGAAAAAUAAGAAAUCUAGUCCACAUGCAUAUGAGCUGAAGUUGCUGCGUGUGUUUGUGCUGCUUGAGUUAAACUUUCUUCAUAUAAGUGCAUCCCUAGGAACUUAUUCCCUCUUGUUAGUGUUCGGGGUGUCCCAAUACGAUGUUAAUAUCGGAUAUCGGUGCGACAUCAGCAAAAUAAAAUGAAUAUUAGGUUAUGUCAGCCUUCAUCCAAAAUCUCCGAUAUCAGCACUCCGAUUCAAGGAGUCCAUUUCAGAAUCCGCUCUAGAGCCCACGUAAUCACAGCAACAGUGUGUACUAAGGUACAAACAAAGUAGCAAGGAGUAAGAGUAAUGUCAGCCGUGUGGCAGUAUUUUUCGUUAAACUCUGAAAAAGAUGUUGCAGCUGAGUGCAAAACUUGUCAUGCACAACUGCGGGCUAAUAUCGGAUCAAUAUAGGUAUCGGCCAAUACUGAAGGCUACAAUAUCAGUAUUGUAUCGGAGGUAAAAAAAAUUGUAUUGGAACACCCCUAGUUAGUACGCCAUCAGUUUCCAGUCAUUCCUUCCCAUCUUGUGUCCAUUUAAACCCCCCCCACAUAGCAGCCGCCAUCAUCCUCAUCAUUCAUGAGUGUUGUUUUGUUUCAGUGCACCCAUGUGUGCAUCUCAUUCUGUCGAUCCAACAGUUACAUGUUCAUCGCCCGUGGAUGAUAAUAAUUCUAAGGAUACUCUCAUCACAUAUGUGUUUCCUUUGAAAACAGGAACUGUUGCUGGCAAUGGCCCCCAAGCACCAAACAGCUACAAUCAUGUUGACAACAAAAUGGGUAAGGGCUUUUUCUGCCACAUGUCAGAUUCUUUCCACAUCAAACACACAUGAAAUCAAGCUCGGGAAAGUCGGGUUUCUUCGCUGCUUCUGUGCCAACAUGCAGGAUACACACAUGUAAUAUUUCACUAAGCUUUUAAAGUAAACUCCCUGCUUCUGGACAGGAUUAUGAACUCUUAUUGGUUCAGUGUGUAGUAUUCAGAGGAGUUUAGUGAGCAUCAUAUUCAAAAGUUUGUUUAAAUCAGUGCCUGACUAUGACAUCUGUCUGUUAUUGUUAACUUGGAAUAAGUCUUUAUAACAACAGAAGAGCCUCUACCAUGUAGGGCCGCCAUCUUGCACUGCUGUGUUUCUACAGAAGCGCAGAACAAACAAGCGACAUACAUGUAUUUGUAUUCAGUGAGUGGCUUUGCCAAAUGCAACAGCUGAAGGACAAAGAGGCUGUUUUUCUUUUUGUUGUGCUGAAGAGUUUUAGUGGAAAAUCUUCAGCAUACGUCUCAUGGAUUGUAGUUUUUUUUUUCUUCAAAGGUUACUUCACCAAUAAGCAGGAAAGUCUUUUCAUCCAGAAACCAACUUCUACUGUAUUUAGAUACAGCUGAAUAUUCCCAUUUCUACACACUUUAAUUUUAAGUUAAUUUUUUUUUCUGAUUUCAAACACACUGUAUUGCAGAAAUCAGGGCCAGCAAAGUCAGGCUGUUUUUUUUUUUCUUGCAUAUAACUGUGUUUUUUUUAAUCCUUCAACUAGGGUUCCUACACAGUUGGAAUUUCCAUACUUUACAUACCCUACAUUUUAGAAUUAUUUUUGGAAAAACCCACUUUUCUAUUUUUAGAAAAUAGUAUUUUAGAGCUGUGGUAAAAGUCUGGAAACAUAAACAUUUUCCCAUACUUUAUUUUUCGUUUUUCAUACUUUUUAAGACCUGGAACUUGAUCAAAUCUAUUUCCAUACCUUCUAUACUUGCGUAGGAACCUUAUUUAAAAGAUGAUUAUUCAGGAAUUGGCAGGUCAUUGAAAUAAUCCACAAAAAAUAGACGGUAAAUAACUAACCAACCCCACUAAACAGUAUUGAUUGGUUAAGCAUUUUAAGCAAAUACAUGUACAGUGUGUUACCGCUCAGUGCCACAGAACUACAUUGAUUUCUACACCUUUUAAAAACAAAAUGAAGCCCAGUGGUUGGCACACUCUUGCAUUUUCUUAUUUUGAAUUAAUCCCCCGUAAACUGCCUCUGUAAUUCCAAGUAAUCCAUAGUUAAAAAUAGUUCCACGAAAAGCAAUGUUUACUCAUACUUGGCGACAAAGCCCAACUGUUUUAAGAGGUUUUGAGACUGAAUCUCCCCCCUGAGGUUGACCUACAUAUUUAUGGCUUGUUUUUGAAGAAUAACAUCAUGCUUAGAGGCCUGAGGCACAGCGUCCCAGAGAGAGCAAGGAUGUGAAAAAUGCGAAGGGAUUAAUGUAAAUGCUGUUUGAUUCUGUUUCUUUUCUUUACCUAAUAAGUCAAGAAAAAGACAAAUGUGACUUUGAGCCACUCUUAAUCCUGUCUCUUGGAUUCGGUUUCUCAUAUCUUUCUUCUUUUCUCCCACAGCUGGCCCACCCCAGCCCGGACCACCUGGUCGGCACUUGGGCCACUACCCCUCUCUCCCCCCUGGGUACCAGAACACCCCGACUCCCCACAGCACUGCACCCCCCACGCUGCCUUACUCUCAAGCACCUCAGCCAUACCAGCAGGUAAGAAGGAAGUCCCAGCGUACACACACACACACACGCUGACGGAGGUGUUUUAAAUCACUCAAUCGCUUUUGAUUUUCUUCGCUCUCAGCCACCUGUUGGCCCAGGGCCAGCCCAGCUGAGCCCAUCCCUGGCAGCCAUGAGCCUCCAGUCCAGCACCCCCGAGGCCCUGAGAGUGGUCAACCUGCUGCAGGAAAGGAAUCUGCUUCCUCCAACCCCCAUCCCUGCCCCCACACCCUGCCUCCAACAAGACCUGCAGAAAGUGAACUGCAACCCAGAGUAAGCCAUGAUGGAUUUUGACUGACUGCAUGUGUCUGCGUCGACUCUCUUCUCUCUGAAUAUGCCAGUACUUGAAACUUUCUCCGUUGUUUUGCAUAAAACAAGUUAUUUCAUGAACGGCGCUGCAUUUAGAAGGUUUCUUUUUUCUCUCUCUCUGUGAAGAACCAGUUGUAGUUUGUGAAAAUUUUACAGUAGAGCAACUAAAGUUUUUGAAUGCUCACGGUCAGUGUUAUGGUAAUGUUGUUCCUGGUAAUAUUUUAAAACUGGUGGCAAAAAGAAAAAGUGGCAAAGAAUGGGUGAAUGUGAUGUGAAAGAGCUUUGAGAAGUCAGAAGACAAGAGCCAGAGCUGUAUAAACAUAGUCCAUCUAACAUUGACUGCAGAAAAUCCACCUUUCUCUUUAAAUUCACUUCCUGAACUUGUAUGUUUGUGUUACUUCACAGGGUUUUUCGGUGUACGCUAACCAGCAUCCCUCAGACCCAGUCUCUGCUCAAUAAAGCCAAGAUGCCUCUGGGUCUGCUGCUCCACCCCUUCAAAGACCUUUCGGUAACAUCUCAGUUCUCUGCGUCAUGUGACAUUUGCAUCCAGUUAACGGGGCUUUUAGCAGUCUGUGAAAUGACAACAUUAUUGAGUCACGCACAUUUUAAAAAAACUGGUUUACAAGGUCAAGAGGAAGUCGGGGAACCUUCGUAAACACAACACUUUCAACCUGAGGGGAAGCACAUUUCCUGGAUUGCUUGUUCUGAACCAGACUCUUCACUGGUUUAAGCGAGAAAGGGACUUAAAACAGGAAAAAUAUUAUGGAUAUAAGGAGGCGGGACUUUCCCCGGGAAAAGUCUUCCCCGGGAUGUGUCUUUUCCCCCCCCGGAAAGUCGCAAAAUUGCAUCGGGCUUGAUGUGUAUAGUCAGGCUCGUCAAAAUUCGAGUAUUUCGUGAUUUCGCGUUCUAUAUUCGCGUCGGCCCCGGUGUGUAAGGACCUUAACUUGUCAAAUGCCCAUGUGAUUAGAAUAAUAUUUAUCUAUUUAUUUAUUUAAACAACACAGGAUUUAAAAUAAUUUCUAACUUAACUUAUUUUUACUUAUUUAUUUUUACUUUUAACUUAUUUAUCAAACAAAAACAAACAACUCAUUAAGUCAACCAGACUGUCUCUGACGGCAGCUUCACAGGCCAUGAAGGUGAAAAUAUAGGAAAGUCUGCUUACUCCUGUCUUAGCAGCCAGUGUGAUAACUUGAAGUAGAGCGCCUUUUUCUGUUAAAGCAGAAUAUGAGGUCAUUGUACUGAGUAUGUCAUCAGAAAUCUCUGAAAAGCCUCUUUCUAAUGAUAAUGUCACUUCAAUAAAUUCACUCCAUAGGACUGUUACUGUUCAAACAUCCAGAAUUCCCUAAAACCCUCUGACAAGAAUUUGACCAAACAGGCCUCUGGGCAAAAACCUGCCAGCGCGAAUUCAUGCUUUCAGCUCUGUUAAUUGAGGACGCAGACGUUGCACAACUCGGACAGCAACAAGAAUGUCUCUAUUGAAAAGGCCAACGACUGCAAACAAGAAAAUGAGUUAAGCAGAGCCUGGAAGCACUCCUCACACAAAGUUUGUUUUGUUCUGUGGUUUUUCUUGCAGCAGCUUCCUGUGGUGACAUCCAGUACCAUCGUCAGGUGUCGAUCCUGCAGAACAUACAUCAAUCCCUUCGUCUCCUUCUUGGACCAGAGGAGGUGGAAGUGUAACUUGUGUUAUCGGGUCAAUGAUGGUAAGGAAGUGCGAGGAAGUGAUGAAAGAGCGUACUGAGUGUCCUCUUUGGUGUGUCCUAGCAACAAAAUGGUACAACUGGUACUUAAAGUUUUGAAUGAAGUGAGAAAUCUGUUAAUUCUCUUCUAUUUGAAGUUAUUCUUAUGUUAAGAAACAGUCACAAACAGCUUUUUUGUGUGUGUGGGGGGGUGAUUUUAGCCUUUUUAUGACAGAACAGAGUGAAAUAGAGAGGGAGAAAGAGAGGGGGAGGAAGUGCAGCACAUGGCCGAGGCUGGAUUCGAGCCCAUGGCGGCUGCGGGGACCAUGGUCCUCGGCUAACUGCGCCGCCCAGCUAUUUUUAUUUUUUUUGUAUUAUUUUUAUUUUUAUUUUUAUUAAUUUAUUUAUGUAAUAAUAUUUUUUUAUUUAUUAAUAUUUAUUUUUUAUUUAUUUUAUUAUUAUUAUUGUUACUAUUAUUGUUAUUAUUAUUGUUAUUCAUUUAUUUAUUAAUAUUUGUUUAUUUAUUUAUAAUUAUUUAUUUAUUUUUUAUUAUUAUUUAUUAUUGUUAUUAUUAUUUAUUUAUUUUUAUUUAUUUGAUUAUAAUUAUUAAGGUUAUGUUAACAUUGACAUCUGAUAUUUUCCAUUUACCUUCAUUCUUUUUAAUGGUAUUUCCUCUAAGCAUAACCAUGUAAGUCUAGACCUUAGUAUAGACAAGGUGUACAACCGUAACUCAAGAUUAAUGAUCGUCUUUGUCACAAACUCCUACAAACAGGCGAUGAAAUGCAGAAAGGAUGAGUCAUAAAAACACUCAAGUAGACGGAAAAAAGAGCUGUAGAAAAUGUAAAACUGUGGAAAUAACAAAACAUACAUGUCAUUUGUCGUGUGUAUCUGUUUGUAGUUCCAGAGGAGUUUAUGUACAACCCCGUCAGCAAAUCAUACGGAGAGCCACACAAAAGACCCGAAGUCCAGAACGCCACCAUUGAAUUCAUUGCUCCUUCAGAAUACAUGGUGGGUCAUCAUCAGCAUUAUUAACAACAUUAUCGUUCCAGACGAGUGUGCUUAUUUUGUCUGGUGCGUUGGUGUGUUGUGCACAAAUCCUACAGAAAUAAAAGUGUGUGAUCUUGUGUCUUUGACCUUUAAACAAGUUCAAUGUCUUUCCCUCAUCCGUCCAGCUGAGACCACCGCAGCCUGCUGUUUACCUCUUCGUUCUUGACGUAUCCCACAAUGCAGUGGAGACGGGCUACCUGAAUGUGUUCUGCCAGUCGCUGCUGGACAACAUUAAUGCGUAUGUGCUCUCUAAGGCUGUCUAUGCAAAAUCUGUCAGUUCAUUAUUUGAAUAAACUAGAAAUAGAUGACAAACUGAGUCAAAUCAGAACAAGGCUGCUGUAAAUAUCUCCACCAGUGAGUCAUUAUUGAUUUGUUGUAAUAUCAUUAAAUAGAAAUGGUUUAGCCUGGUUCUGCAGGGCUGAAAUCAGUCUUUGUAAAUAAGAUGAAUGAGUGCAAGCUUUAUUUGACCCUGCGCGUCCAUCUCCUAGGCUUCCUGGAGAUUCACGGACAAAGGUAGGCUUCAUCACCUUUGACAGCACCAUCCACUUCUACAACCUCCAGGAGGGACUCUCCCAGCCGCAGAUGCUCAUUGUGUCUGACAUUGAAGGUGAGACGCGGCUGACGGCAAAGUCUGCACACUCACUCCUGCUGCAGUUUGACACCAGCUGCAUGCGCCGCUGUUUCAAAUAAACACAUAAGAAAUCAAAUGUUGACCUCAUAGUAGCUGCAGUUUUAGUCCCACUACUGAAAGGAUUAAAUGAUGUUUACGAAAAUGAUCUUUGUGUCCAUACAGAUAUCUUUUUACCAACACCAGACAGCCUUCUAGUAAACCUCAACGAAUGCAAAGAGGUAAGAAAGUAGUAUGUUCAUUCAAUCACACUGUGUUUUAACCAUAGACUGUAUAUAGAAUGGACGCCGUCUGCCUCCUUGAUGGGUAAAGCAACUCUGAGAACAGCACCCUCUGGUGACGGGCUGCAGUAUAGGUCAUAAAUCCCUCCAGCAAUCCCUAUGGAGUUGUGGACAAACUUUAGAAAUUAAUUACACAGAAUAUAAAUUUUUCACCGCCCUGGUUGCGAUGUUGACAUGUAGUUACUGUAAGACUGGUUUGUGCUCAAGUCCUCUUUUUUUCUGUACAGCUCCAUUUUUAAAAGUUAUUAGGGGGUUCAUGUUUUCUAUGAUUGACUCUUAAAACAGCCUAUGAUCGUAUGAAGAUUGCUUAACUCACCCGGGGAAUACGCUGUUUGAGCCAAGCGUCAUCACAGAGACUCUCCCACCGAAUACGUACACUGCUCGUGCGCCAUUGGUGGUUCCAGGAAGUGGAGAAAGAGUUAUUCGGCUUCAAAUUCGUAUAAUGACAGAAGGCGGGGCCAAGUUGUCCAUAGUAUAUACAGUCUAUGGUUUUAACCCAGAUAAGAAAUUCGGAAACCUUUACUUUGUGUCCUCACCAGAUUUUGUCAUUUAGUUUUCAUUUUCCUCACGCUGAUAAGAAAAAAGUUCAUACAUAGUUAUUUGUAUACUUUUUUCCAGCUUGUUCAAGAUCUGCUGAAGAGCCUGCCAACUUUGUUUGAGAAGACCAUGGAGACCCAGUCCGCCCUGGGCUCAGCUCUGCAAGCCGCCUUCAAGCUGCUGUCGCCGACUGGAGGGCGAAUGUCCGUGUUUCAGACCCAGCUGCCCAACCUGGGUGUGGGGGCGCUCCAGUCCAGAGAGGACCCCAACCAGCGGGCAUCUGCUAAGGUAGGAGCUCUGCUGAUGGGCAUGCUGGACAUUGGCCGGUGUAAAGAUUUGUAACCUGUAGAUGCAUGAAGUGGCUAGAGAACACCAGAUCUCUGGAAUUCUGUCACUUCAUGUUAUGAAUGAACUCUAACUUCGUGUUGGGGAGCUGGUUUAUGUUCUGACUUUAGCUUACAUCGUCCUCCGUGUGUUUCCCUUUAGGACAUCCAGCACUUACCGCCAGCCACAGAUUUCUACAAGAAGCUGGCUCUUGACUGCUCCGGUCAGCAGGUUGCAGUCGACCUGUUCCUGCUCAGCUCUCAGUACUGCGACCUGGCGUCACUCGGUAAGUCCAGUUCAGGCUGUACAGAACAAAUAAUAAAAUAAUUCGAAAACAUCUGGUUGCCUGAACUUGACCUUCGUAUGUCUUUGUGUGCCACAGGCUGCAUAUCCAGAUACUCUGCAGGAAGUGUUUACUACUACCCCUCAUACCACCACCAGCACAACCCUGCUCAGGUGGAGUGUUUCCAGAAGGAUCUAAAGAGAUACCUUACCAGGAAGAUAGGCUUUGAGGCCGUCAUGAGGAUACGCUGCACAAAAGGUGAAUAAUUGACCCGGAUCUGAUUCUGAAAGUUUCCUGUUUUAUAGAUUUUUGGCAGAAUGAAGUUCUUCUUGUGUUCCUUUUAGAAUUUUCUGGUUAUUUCAUGGCCUCAUAAUUGUUGUACCAUUUUUACUGACUUGUCCCCGUCUUUGUCCUCCUGCAGGUCUUUCCAUCCACACGUUCCACGGAAACUUCUUUGUGCGCUCCACAGACUUGCUGUCCCUGCCCAACGUGAACCCAGAUGCCGGCUUUGCAGUUCAAAUGUCCAUCGAGGAAAACUUGGACGACAUGCAAGUUGUCUCCUUCCAGGCUGCGCUGCUUUACACAUCCAGCAAAGGUACCGACGCACACAACUCUUCUGAAAAUUAGGAAUAUUUUCUGUCUCUUUUGUUAAAGCUUCGUUUUUUUAUCGUACAGGAGAGAGAAGGAUCCGGGUCCACACCCUGUGUCUCCCCGUGGUCAAUUCUCUGUCAGACAUCUUCGCUGGGGCUGAUGUUCAGGCUAUCACUGGACUGCUAGCAUGCAUGGGUAAGUGAUACAACACCUGAAAUCCUUUAAAAAGUCUGUCUUUUUAAAUUGAAUGUGCCUGCUCAUGGUGCAAAGUUAAACUGCAUGUGGACCAGGACUGGUUUAAAACAAAGCCUGGCUUUGUUCUCAUCUGCUAAACAAGACUCGGGCAAAGAUCCAGGUGGUGGUUUGAUAAAUUUACGUUUUUGAGCGGCGGAAUUAAAGGGUGAACAUGACAGAAACAGAGCUGAAUAGUUCUCCGCUUUUAGAGAAACAAGAUGUCCUGAUGCUGGACUCGAUUAUUGAAUGUCAUGAUGGAUCAUUUGCUUUUAUUAUCCUCAGAUGUGCUCACAGUGAGAUGAAAUCAAGUCUAAAUUUAAGAUAAAACAGACCUGUGUUUGCUCUGUAUUAUUUAUUGCCUGUGAUAAUCAACGGAUCCUUUUUGACUCGAGAUGAAGAAUUAUUUCAGCUGUUUGGAUCCAUGUUUUCAACAUCUUUGCCUAUCCAAAAAUAUCAAAAAAAUUCAUUAUUUCUGCCCUAAAAGUCUUUCUGAUGGCUUGAUACAAAAUCACUGCAAGCUUUUCAUCCCCUCGGCACUGACAGAUGGAAAUAAGUGGCGACAGCUGUGGUUGCCAAGCAACCAUCGAAUACUAAGCAGUCAGAUCUGUCCUUACUCAUCUCACAUUCAGUCAGAGAACAGACGCUGACAUUUCUCCUCCUUCAAAAAAAACGGUCAAGAGGCAAGCUCAGAAAGGCCACCGCCACUGUUGUUACGGGGCAAAUAAGCCGCAUCUGUUUAAAAGUCGUGAUCAUGAAACAAUCAAACAAAAGUCCUGGAAUCAAAAGUUUGAAUGUACAGUCAUUAAAACCAUACGCCUUUAUAUAUAUAUUAUUUUUUUGAAUAAAAGAGGCUGUCUUGUUUUUAAUGUGCCCGACACGUGUUGGGUUUGAAAAGAUGGGGUACACUUUACUUGAAGCCUAUCUCUAAAACCCAUUAUAAAUACAUGUAUAAUGUGUUACAACCACAUUAUAGCACUGUAUAACUAUAGUUAUAAACACUCAUAAAUGUUCAUAUUGCUUUAUAGCAAUAAUCAUUACACAUUAUAAAGGAUUUUAUCAUGACUUACAAGGUCAGGUAUUAUAAUGUGUCAUGCUUAGUGUUAUUAAGGCUUAUGAUAACUAAUGAGUGCUUAUAAUGAUAGUUACACAAGUUUAUAAGCGAAUUAUAACACAUCAUAAAUAUAUGUUUAUUGCAUUAUCUAUGUGGGCAUUGUCAGUGAGUUGUUAACAGUUAUAACACAUUAUAAUACCUGACCUUGUAAGUCAUGAUAAAAUGCUUUAUAAUGUGUUUUGAUUAUUGCUUUAAAGCAUUAUGAUCAUUUAUGAGUGUUUAUAACUAUAGUUAUAUAGUGCUAUAACAUGAUUAUAACACAUUAUAAAUAUAUUUAUAAUGGGUUAUAGAGAUUGGUAUCAAAUAAAGUGUUACCAAAAGAUGUAAAUUCUGCAGUUAUGUCAUGACUGUGUGUUUAGCUAAACCCUCCUCAUACUACGAGGCGUCAUUUAAGUAAUCGUACAUUUCUCCUGAUCUCUCUUUUCCCUUUCGUUCAUUCGGUGACAGUCUGAAGCACUGAUGAAAUUUUGAUUCACCUCAAUCCCAGCAUGUGCCACUUUAUGUAGGAUUGGUACCAGAUGGUAGCGUCUCUGUUGAUUACAAGAAAAUUGGACAACACUGAAGACUGUUGUGAUGAUAAAAUGCCCUGAAAGAAAAACCUCCUUUCUUUUAACAACUGUUUGUGUCCCCCCUCUCUGCAGCUGUGGACCGCUCUGUGACAGCAAGCCUGAGUGACGCAAGAGACGCCAUGACCAACGCCUCCAUUGACUCUCUGUCGUCGUUCCGACAGUCUGUGCUGACCAUCCAGCAGCCCGGCCUGCUGGCGCCGGCCUGCCUCAGACUCUUCCCCCUCUACAUCCUCGCCCUGCUCAAACAGGUAUGCCUGCAUUAUCGCAAAGCCGGGGAUUUACAUGCGGGAUGAACUCAUGAGUGUCUGAAUAGUAAACAGAUUUUUACUCCCAGGAUCGUGUGUUUGUUUGGUCUGUAUUGAUCCGGUGUCGUGUGUUUGUGUAUUAAUCUGCAGAAAGCCUUCAGGACGGGCACAAGUACCAGGCUGGAUGACCGAGUGUUUGCAAUGUGCCAGCUGAAGUACCAGCCUCUGGCCUACUCCAUGCUGAUGAUCCACCCUGCUCUGUAUCGUAUUGACGACCUGACAGAUGAGGUGAGGAGGGUCAAAUUCACCCGCAGCUCCUGAUACAGAGUUUUGGAGAAUGGCUCGUUUCAAAAAGUUUAGAUAUUUAUCGCGGUGGGCUCAAGUGAAACACUCAUCCCAAUAUUUUUUAUGCCUCUCUGCUUGAAAAUGUCAUUUUCUCUUAUCUUCUGUUUCCUGCCUCUCCAGGGAGCUUUGAACAUCAAUGAGCGGACCAUCCCUCAGCCCAGGCUGCUGCAGCUGUCUGUGGAGAAGCUCAGCAGGGAAGCUGCUUUCCUCAUGGAUGCUGGAACAGUACGAAACUUAGAGCCAUUACUUUUAAAACAGAAGUCGUAAACAAGCUUUAUGAUCAAAACAAAGCUGACGUUGACGUCUCCUGGGGAAAAAUAAUGCUUUUAACUCAAACUUCGCCUGAAUUUCCCAGAAGUGUUUAAAUAUGACAUCUGACUGUAGCUGUAGAGUUUGUGGUGUAAAUUAUGAAUGAAACAUAGCAUCAUAAUGGAGAGAUUUCCUGUCAAACAUAUGAACAUUAACGAGUGUUUUCUGCUGUCCCAAAAGGUGAUGUAUCUUUGGGUUGGACGAAACUGCAACCCCACCUUCCUCACACAAGUCCUGGGAGUCCCAAGCUACGCUGCCGUGCCUGAAAACCUGGUAGGAAACCUCAGUUUUUUUGAGAGUAGAUGGUUGAUGGUCUGAUUUCACUCCUACAGAACUUAUCUACAGUUUAUCACAUCUGUUAAAAUGGAUGAAUCGUUCCCCUGGUGAUAAAAACCUGACAGCGUUUCUCUCUUCUCUCAGUAUUUGCUUCCAGAGCUGGACACUGCCGAAUCUCAGAGAACCAGGGCUUUCAUUGGUUGGCUGAGGGAUCAGAGGCCAUUCUUCCCCUCCCUGCAAGUCAUCAGGUGGGCAGCUGCUGUAAAAUCUACUCAAACGUUUUGGUUUCUGUCUAAUUCGUUGAGAGAGCAACAGAGAACCGAAUUAGAUCUGACUUUAUAACUUCGCUCUUUCAGGGACGAGAGCCAGCGGAAAGCCGGCUUUCUGCAGAACAUGAUCGAGGACCGAACAGAGUCAGCCCUGUCCUACUACGAGUUCCUGCUCCACCUUCAACAGCAAAUCUCCAAAUAAUCUUCAGUGGGACUGUGCAAAUGAGGAGACACUGAAGUGAGGAUGUGCAUCGGUGUGUAUGUGUGUGUGUGUAUGUUAUCUGUGUGUUUCAGUGUGAAAGCGGUGGGAGACGGACUGAAGGAUGCUUCUUGCUCCAUCUCCAGCUCUGGGGCAGCCUGUCUGAGCUGAACUGAUGCUACCUGUUGAUUGGAUGAAACGCUGUGGUGGACAGUGAAAGACUGAGAGUGUCAAAAAAUCCACUCUGAUGCUCAUUUGUCUCUUUUUUUACCCCGCUGGAGCAACACACCAGGAAAAAAAAAAAAAGAAGAUGAAAAUUAUUAUGAUGAUGAUGAUUAAUACGAUGAUGAUUAUAAUGUCAGUUAAUGAAUGAAUCAGUGUUUAUUCUCAGAACAAUGCUUUCUUACUGAGGUAUCGUUCAGAUACUGUCCAGGCUAACGGAUGUGUGAAGUGUCUUUUGUUGAAAAAGCACUGUGGUCUUUACUAAAUGGAGUCAAAGGUGUAUGUAUGUAUGCGUGUAUGUAGGCUUGAGACUUGGUCGAUGAGGAUGUUUAGUAUGUUUGUGCUCAAAGACUGUUAUUGGGUUUCACCCGGAGUAUUUGUACACAGAACAUCUGAGCUUCUAACAACACUCUUAUUAUCGUACCUGACAGAAGGACAGAACAUGUGCUUUUUACUUCUCAGUUGUUAUAAUUGUGUGUCGAACAAAUCCGUAGACUGUCCUCAAAUGUUGAAGCUGUCUGAAGGCGGAUCGACCUCGCCGUCAUCGCUGCCUCGAAUGUGUGGAUUCGGCAGUGUGAAGUUGUUUCAUCGGUCUGAUCUGUCCUUUAAAACUCUGUCAUCUUUUCAGAACACCACUGAUGACGUCCCUGUUCUGUUAAUUUCCUUUCUUUUCUUUCUGAUAAGUAAUAAUUUAUGGGACUCCCAAUCUGAUUAAAUUCUAUAAUUGCCUUGUAUGGGAACUCACUUUUUAUUAUUAAACCUCUGUUCGAAUACAGACUCUAUAUAUGAAAUAUUUUAAUAUAAUAGGAUAUGGGAAAUUCUUUAACAGACAUAACAAAGCCAUUGUGAUCUUUUAGUCAUGCUUAUUGAUACUUGUAUAUUGAAAAGACUGCAUUAUAUAAAGGUGAAGAAAUGCUGGUGAUUUUAGUAAACACAAAGGUGAAAUGACGCUAAGAAAAUAAAAUGUUUGGGACUUUUUAAAUGUAGUUUUGUCUUGUGGUGGGUGAACAGCAGCUGUUUUUACAGUGACGAAGACUACACGACAGAAUAUGGAUGACCGCAGUCAAAACCUCUUUCCUGGACUUAAACUGAUGACAUUUAAUUUGGUCUGAUUUCGUACAGUUUGUAAUUAUGUACAAUAUGAAAAAAAUGUACUUAGGAAGACAUAUAUGAUGAUUUAGUCUUUAUGCACAAGUUUUGUUUUGUUCUUUUUUUCAUAAAAAAUGAUGAAAAAUAAAAUAGUCUGUUUUUGUACGUAGUGACCUACCCGGGUGAAGACUUGGUUCACAUGACUCAGACUUGGGUCAUGAAUGGAAAAUGUGCACUGAUACCAGACCAGGUGAUCCCUCUCCUUUUAAGAAUAGUUAAUUCAUGACAAAAAAAGUUUCUUUGAAGCAAUUACAGUGCCUUAAUUAAUAAGUGUAGUCAUAUUUUGUAUCAUUUUCUAGGUCAAAUUGGCAUUAUUGGCUGCUUAGAGCGUUAGACUUUUUAAUGCAAAUGCUACAAGUAGAUGGGUUACCCGAAAACAGUUUGACCUCACUAAAACUAUCGACUCAGAUGGUUUAUAGUUUUGCAGACCAACUACAAGAUUCAAAAAUAUGUUUUGAAAAAAGUGACUUUUCUUUUUCAUGACAAAAAAUGAUUUGGUUUCAGUGUAACACACAGUAAACCCGUCACAGGAGAGGGGUGUACAGCAAUACCAAAAGACACGGAUGAUAAACCUCAGAUAUCAAUUCAAUAGUGUUACCCCAAGAGGUUCAACCAAAGAGCCGGUCUAGACCAUCAUCUAUUCACAAAGACCCAACGCAAAGAUAGGAUAAGAUGUUAGAUGUGAUGGGUCAAAUCUGUCCUAUCUUUAGGUUGGGUCUUGAUAAUUCAUCUAACAAUGAGCAUGGUCUAGACCUGCUCCUUUUCUUUGGAAAGCGUCUUGGGAUAAUGACUGCUGUGAAAUGACGCUAUAUAAAUUUUGUUGUUGGGUUGAUUGAUUGAUU